AUGAAGUACUGGCUGCCCAUGUCCUUCUUCUUUGCCAUUCGGCAUAUCAACCAGAAUCCCAGGCUCUUGCCCAACAUCACUCUGGGCUGCAAUAUCUAUGAGAACUUUUUUCGUGGAAGGAUAACGUACGAAGCUUUGGUAGACCUGGUCUCUUCUAGACAGGCGAAUGUUCCAAACUACAACUGCGGAGGACAGAAUAACUUGAUUGCUGUUCUGGAAGGGGCUGACUCUGACUCUCAGAACUCCAUCCAGAUUUCAAGCAUGUUGAGCAUCUAUAAAAUCCCACAGGUCAACUAUGCUUUUGGCUCCCAUGUUCUGAAUGACAAGAGGCAGUUCCCUUUUUUCUAUCGGACGGUCCCCAAAGAAGAGGCCCUGUACCCAGCGAUUGUCAAGCUUCUCCAUCACUUCAGAUGGACGUUCAUUGGUCUCAUUGCUCCAGACACCGACAAUGGACUCCACUCUUUCCUGGGAGACGCCCAAUUUUACAAUUCUUCAGUGGAUGGAGUGUAUUUGGAUGAGAACGAGGAACUAACAGCUGACUUGGACAUUGUGAACUGGGUGGUGUUUCCCAAUCAGUCCCUCCUUAGAGAGAGGAUUGGGGGCAUCAAUAGACAGAUAUCCCUUGACCUAAAGUGCACCAUCAACCAGAAUGCCACUGUGUGCCCCAAAUGGCUCAACAAGCCCCUGCCUACUUCCAGGUGUGUGGAAAGUUGCCAGCCUGGAUUCUUCAAGGUAGUUCAGGAAGGAAUGCUGCUCUGCUGCUAUGACUGUGCUCCCUGUGCGGAAGGAACAAUGGCCACUCAGGAAGAUGCAGAGCAUUGCACCAGGUGUCCAGAAGAUCAGCAUCCAAACAAGGCCAGAGAUCUAUGUUUCUACAAGAUCAUGACCUUCCUAGCUUAUGAAGAACCUUUGGGGAUCUUCCUAGCUUCCUUUGCCCUAUUCCUAUCCUUAACCACAGGUGUUGUGCUAGGAAUAUUCAUUAUAUUCCGAGAAACUCCCAUAGUCAAAGCCAACAACAGGAACCUCUCCUACAUCCUCCUCAUCUCCCUCUUGCUUUCCUUUUUGUCCUCCUUCCUCUUCAUUGGAAGGCCAAGGAAAGUGACCUGUCUUCUCCGACAAGUGACCUUCAGCAUCAUCUUCUCAGUUGCCGUCUCUUCUGUGUUGGCAAAAACCAUCACUGUGGUGCUGGCCUUCCUGGCCACAAAACCAGGGAACAGGGUGAAAAGAUGGCUGGGGAAGAGUUUGGCCAACUCCAUUGUCAUUUCCUGCUCCAUUGUCCAAGUUGUCAUCUGUACCAUCUGGCUGGGAAUCUCUCCACCCUUCCCAGAGUCUGACAUGAGCUCCCAGGCUGGAGAGAUCAUCCUACAAUGCAAUGAAGGGUCUGUUGCCAUGUUCUAUGCUGCCCUUGGCUAUAUGGGCUUCCUGGCCUCCUUCUGCUUGACAGUGGCUUUUCUGGCCAGGAAGCUGCCUGGAGCCUUCAAUGAAGCCAAGCUGAUCACCUUCAGCAUGCUGGUCUUCUGCAGUGUUUGGGUCUCCUUUGUGCCCACCUACCUGAGCACCAAGGGGAAAUACAUGGUAGCCGUUCAGGUCUUCUCUAUCUUGGCCUCCAGUGCUGGGCUUCUGGGCUGCAUCUUCUUUCCCAAGUGCUACAUUAUUGUACUGAGGCCUGAUCUGAACAAAAAGGAGCAUCUGACAACAAAAGCUGGUUCUUAA